GGGAAGGGGCCCGAUUUGGGUCUGAGCCAGGUCUAGUUCUGAGGGUCCCACCAAAAAAGUUGGGGAGUGCCAAGGGGAUGAGGUCAGCGAGUGGCCCCACCCCCAUCCGUCCCCGCGGGGGGCCCCUUCCCGCGCUGAGCUCAGCAUGACUCAGCAGUCGCUGCCUGCAACAAGGACCCCAGAUACCGGCCUGGCGAGGCAUCUGCAGAUCCCCUCGGUCAGGGGCUGCCCCGCCUGGGCUGCUCGGAGCGGCUCCUCUGUAGGGCAGGGCCUGACCUCACACCCCACGCCCCAGUGGCUUCAGCUCCCUGCCCAGCGCACGGGCUACCUCCAUUGGGGCACUUAAGCAGGGUCAAGGUUUGCGACGACUCCGUCUCCCAGAAAUCAACAUGGACCAGGUCCACUUAAAAAAUACGCAUUAGUUGUAGACAGAUGUCUCGUCCAUAGGUCCCCAGACUGUUUGUCCACAACGCAGGGCUUCACUUUGUGGGCCUGAAAGAGCACACGUCAGGCAAUACACGAGGGCAACUUCAGAGACACUGUUUUCAGGGCCAAGGAGAAUUCUCGGAAUCUAUGAGUUGCCUCCAAAAACAGCUCCCAGGACCCGCAGUCCCAGAGACACCGCAAAGCUCGAAACAGACAUUUCAUUCCUCCCCAUUUCCACUCCCAGAAAACGACUGGGCCCUUGAAAGAGCUCCAAGGUAUCCCCAAAGUCCCAACCAGUCUUUGGAGGGUUUCAGAGGGCUGUCCAGGGUUCCAGAAGUCACCCUACCUCAUACAAUGCUCCUCCUGGGCUUCCCGCACUGGGUGAACCCCACGGCUCCAGAACAACUGCCCUUUCCAACUUGCAGAGCACCUCAAGGACCUAAAGAUCUCCCCGGGGAGGGCUCCAAAAUAUAGAGUUUGCAUCGUGAACUCCCACCUCUGUAAAGCCCAGGACUCCAGUCCUCGCACCCCUCUGUCUCCCAGAGAUCCCCAGGGGUCCAGAAAUACCACCUCACUGCCUUCCAAGCUUCCCAAGGAUCCGGAGACUCCUUAUCUCGCAGCACAAACCUCAGGCAACUACAGGUCCUCCCUGCACCUCUGAGUUGCCCCUCCCCCCACUCAAGGUUCCAGAAAAAUCCAUGCCCUCCGAAACCCCAGAAUCUGACUUACUUUCCCGAGGCACCCCCAGGACCCCAGGGUCAUCAGUUCACAGGACUCUUAAUGCUCCCAUAAAACUAUAGCCUCCCAGAGGGACCCCAGCCCCCCCCCCCCCCCCCCCCGAAACCCUCCAUUCCUCCAAUUGGCCCCAGGGCCCCAACCCCCCCAAGCCCCCAUUUCACAACACACUCGCGCUGCAAGCGCGUGACUUCCCCCUGCUUUGGGGCGGGGGCUGAGACUCCUGUGUGCUCCGGAUUGGUCAGGCAAGGCCUUCGGCCCCGCCUCCUGUCACCGCAGAUUGGCCGAUUGCCCGCUCCGAGCGCCCCGCCUCCGAGGGCCAGCGUACUAUAAAAGAAGCCGCCCUAGCCACGUCCCCUCGCAGUUCGGCGGUCCCGCGGGUCUGUCUCUUGCUUCAACAGUGUUUGGACGGAACAGAUCCGGGGACUCUUUCUUCCAGCCUCCGACCGCCCUCCGAUUUCCUCUCCACUUGCAACCUCCGGGACCAUCUUCUCGGCCAUCUCCUGCUUCUGGGACCUACCAGCACCGUUUUUGUGGUUAGCUCCGUCUUGCCGACCAACCAUGAGCUCCCAGAUUCGUCAGAAUUAUUCCACCGACGUGGAGGCAGCCGUCAACAGCCUGGUCAAUAUGUACCUGCAGGCCUCCUACACCUACCUCUCUCUGGGCUUCUAUUUCGACCGCGAUGAUGUGGCUCUGGAAGGCGUGAGCCACUUCUUCCGCGAAUUGGCCGAGGAGAAGCGCGAGGGCUACGAGCGUCUCCUGAAGAUGCAAAACCAGCGUGGCGGCCGCGCUCUUUUUCAGGACGUCAAGAAGCCAGCUGAAGAUGAGUGGGGUAAAACCCCGGAUGCCAUGAAAGCCGCCAUGGCCCUGGAGAAAAAACUGAAUCAGGCCCUUUUGGAUCUUCAUGCCCUGGGUUCUGCCCACACGGAUCCCCAUGUGAAGAAGCUCCCUGCUUCCCGUUCUGCCAUGACUGACUUUUCUGAGCCCUCCCCAGCCAUGUGGAACUCCCAGGCCUCACUCUGAGCAGAUAGUUGAGCCGGGCCAAGGCCUCCAGGAAGACGUCGGCACCUUUGUUGGAGAACUCAUAGCGGCCGGCGA